AUGUCUUCUUUGACUAGGUUGUUACAGGAAAAGCGAAAAAAUGAAAAUGGAGAUUCUCACGGGAAGGAACUAAGACCUUUGAACGCGGAGGGAUUUGAUCGUAAUUCAACGGCUCAUGCUUCUACCACAAGUGUCACAACUGUGACCCAAAUUGAUUCUGGUGAAGAGUCUUCGACGGCGGGUUCAUCUUUUGGUGGAAAUGCCCCCUUUCCUUCGAGUUUUAUGAAUGUGAAUUCAGCGCAUACGGCUACGAUGUAUGGCUCAAGUGUUCAGGCAAGAGAUAGGGGUAAUUCGAUUCAUAUUGAAACCAAUCCGGCUUCGUAUGGCUCUUCUUUGGGUCAUACCGGAAGGAAUAUACGGAUGACUGCGACCUCUGGUUCUCAUCACAUUGGCAGCUCCGGUGCAAGACAGAUUCCUUCGUUAUCCUCUAGCAUACCUUACUCUGUGCCUAAUUCCAAUAAGGACAAUGCAGGUGGGUCGGGCAGUAAUAACUCGUCAUUUACAUCUUCCUGGGUGGACAAUUAUGGGGGCUCUAUGCCGAGUAACAUUUCGGCCAUUGACUCUAACGUAAUUUCGUCUCCAAAAGUUGACUCUGUGGAACCCAGGUUUGUAAUUUCGAAGCAAAAGCUGCAAAAAUCAUCGUUGGACAACGCUGCACAGGCGGGAUCCGUGUCGAGAUCCAACUCCCUAACGUCUCAGCUAGGAAACUUAUUCUUUUCCAAAGGCGCAAAGGACGCGCACGGGAGCAGUAUAGUUUCAUCACCUGUUUCGGGUAUGAAGAGCCCUUCUACUGCCGCUGCUACUGCUAUUCCAAAACCAAGUCGCACCAGACAAAGUAGUAUCUACAGCGCUUCAAGACAGCCGUCAAACUCUUACACGGAAAAUUUUGCUGAGUCACCAUCGUCCUCUCAUGAGGUUCCACCAAGUCAAAGCAUACCAAAAUCUCGUCAUGCAUCCGUCGUGAACUUGAAAAGUUUCUUUAAGAAGAGUUCUGGCACCAAUAUUGCCGGGUCGGCUGGUACAUUCGGUUCGCCUGGUGCUCAGUCUGUUGCUGUACCCUUUCCUUCUCAGGCAUCGUCCAGCUCUGGUUUUGCGCCGAGCUCUUAUGGUAGUAACAAUGGAGACACAAUUUACUCUCACGCCAAUGAUACUAGUCUACCGUUUAGCAAGAGGUAUGUGAGAACUGGGGAAGAGCUGGGAGCUGGUGCAGGUGGAUCGGUCAAAUUAAUCCGCAGAGUUGCUGAUAACAAGGUUUUCGCCGUCAAGGAAUUCAGGACCAAAUUUGAUUCAGAGACCAAAAGGGACUAUGUCAAGAAGAUAACUUCGGAGUAUUGUAUAGGUUCAACACUGCGCCAUCAAAACAUUAUCGAAACUAUUGAGAUUGUCUACGACAAUAAUAGGAUCUUACAAGUCAUGGAAUACUGUGAGUAUGAUCUUUUCGCGAUCGUCAUGAGUAAUAAGAUGUCAUACGAAGAAACAUGUUGCUGUUUCAAACAAAUUUUGAGCGGUGUUGAGUACCUCCAUGGUCUAGGUUUAGCGCAUAGAGAUCUCAAGUUGGAUAACUGUGUUAUAAAUGAGAAAGGUAUCGUGAAACUAAUCGAUUUCGGUGCAGCUGUAGUCUUCUCGUAUCCCUUCUCCAAGAGUUUAGUCGAGGCAAGUGGUAUUGUUGGUAGUGACCCAUACCUUGCUCCCGAAGUUUGCAUUUUCACCAAAUACGACCCACGUCCUGUCGAUAUCUGGUCCGUGGCCAUCAUUUUCGCAUGUAUGAUCCUUAAGAAGUUCCCGUGGAAGAUCCCCAAAUUGAGAGACAACUCUUUCAAAUUGUUCUGUUCUGGUCGUGACUGUGAUUCGUUGAGCGCGCUGGUCACCAGAACUCCAGACCCACCGUCCUACGAUAACGUAGAAGAGCCCUCCACAAAUUACGCUAAGAAGCAAAAUAAUAAUCCUGCAGACCCGAACAAUCCAAAUAUCGGUCCACAACGUCUGUACCAAUCGCUACCCGAGGAGUGCCAGCAUAUCAUAGGCCGUAUGGUCGACCUGGCUCCCGCUUGCAGAGCAAGCAUCGAUGAAGUCAUGGCAGAUCCCUGGGUUGCCGGUAUCGACGCCUGUUGUAUGGUAGAAGACGGUUUGACUUUCAAGAUUGUCAGCGGUGGGGACCACACGCACGUCAAGGUCGACCAGAGUCAAGCGCACAUCGCAGGUCUUGAGAAAAGGAAGAAAAAACAGGCUAAAGAAGGUACCAUCUCUUAA